AAUCAAUGUGAAAUAAAAUUCCAAUUGUACAUUCAUUUAAUAUAUAAAUAUUAAAUAAAACGUAAAGUGCAAUAGCAAUCUGGGUUUCUUUAUUUAGUAUUAUCAAGUUUUAUUAAAAAUGUCGAACAACUGGCAAAGAGGGCGAAAAAAUAAAUCUUGGGGAAACUUUAAAAAACAGAGUUCACAUCCACCACAUUUAAAGGGCAAAGCUAUUGGAUUAUUCUACAGAGAUCAGGCAGCGAAAAGGAAUGGUGAAAAGAAAGAACGCAGGGAUAUCCAUAUGGUACUGAAUAUACCAUCUGCAGUUAUGUAUAGAUUAUCCUCAGACAUACAAGCUAUUGAGGAAUUAGCUCAUAAACAAAAUAUAACCUUAAGGAAAUCUGAAAUGUAUAUUAAAGAAGAACCAAUGUCUGAUAGUAGUUUUGAGUCUGAAAAAAUAGCAAUAAAAUGUGAAGAUAUUGUAAAAGAUGAAUAUGAUAGUCAAGCUGGGCCGUCUUCAUCUAAAGAAAGUUCUUCAGAAGGUAUAUUUAAAACUCCUAAAGCACCUAGUAGAAAACAUCCUCCAGCGGAAUGUUCUGAUUAUAUCCAAGUGAAAACUGAACCAACCGAAGAUUAUGAAAGUUCCACGGAAAGAACUCUUCACUUGAGAGAUCAAUCACAUUAUAAAUAUGGAUAUCAGGAUAUAAUAACAGGCGCAUUUGAUGAAAAAUUAGAUGAGAACCUAGCCAAAGGUAUUCACAUUUGUACUAAUACACAAGAAAAUUAUGACAUGAGUGUUGCAAUGCAUGAAGAAUAUAAAGACAUGGUUACAAGAAACCAGUAUAAAUCUAUGUUGGGUUUCCGUGAGAAACUACCAACCUAUAAGAAGUCAGCAGAGCUUUUAGAACUUAUCAAUAACAACCAGGUGGUUGUGAUCAGCGGUGAAACUGGUUGUGGAAAAUCUACACAGGUACCACAGAUAAUCUUAGACGAUGCCAUACGUAAAAACCAAGGUGCCUACAUUCACAUACUUGUGACACAGCCUAGAAGAAUAGCUGCUUCCUCAUUAGCCAGCAGAGUUGCCCAGGAGAGAGCUGAGAGUCUGGGCAACUCUGUUGGAUAUGCCGUGCGAUUAGAAAAAACAGACGCCAGACCCCGCGGCAGUAUCAUGUACGUGACCACUGGUAUACUCCUGGCGGAUUUAGAAGUGAAUCAGGGCUUGACCAACUACAGCCAUAUCAUACUGGACGAGGCCCAUGAGAGGGACUGCCAUAUGGACUUCUCUAUGUGCAUGUUGAAACUGGUGCUCAGAAAACGCCAGGACCUAAAGCUCAUCCUAAUGAGCGCUACCAUAGAUAGCGACCGACUAUCCGCGUACUUCGACAACUGUCCGACCAUGCACAUAGAGGGUCUCGCGUACCCAGUACAACCUCUAUACUUAGAGGACGUACUCGCCCUAACGGGGUACCAGUUACCCACUGAGAAUAAGAGGAACUCUGGCCCUGCGAAGCGGGGUCGUGGCGGGCAGUGGAAACAGAUGAAAAUCGAGAGGAAUCAGAUGGAGAGAGAUGUGCAAUAUAGGGCUGAAAUUAGUCCUUGGCUGGAAAGUAUAAAAAGAAAAAUAGACAGAAACGUAUACGUCUCACUCCAAGAUUCAAGAAUCGAAGACCUCAACAUCGAUUUAAUACUAGCUCUUCUAACGCACAUAUCCAAAGGCCUGCCUGGCGCUGUACUAGUAUUUCUACCGGGCAUCGGUGACAUAUCCAAGCUAGUAAAAAUGAUGAAUGAUAGCGGAAUGUUCCCCAGUUCACAGUUCGAAAUAUAUCCCCUGCACUCAAAGCUGCCAACAUUAGACCAACACAAGAUAUUCGCAAGGCCUCCUCAGAAUAUUAGGAAGAUAAUAAUAGCGACGAAUAUAGCGGAGACUUCUAUUACUAUAGAUGAUAUUGUGUAUGUUGUGGACUGUGGGAGAAUUAAAAUGACAGGACUGAAUGUGGAAACAAAUGUCUCGACGCUGAAGACGGAUUUUGAGUCUAAAGCUAAUUUGAUGCAAAGACGCGGCCGCGCCGGUCGUUGCCAACCAGGUAUCGCCUACCAUCUUCUAACUUCAUACCGCGCACAAAACAUCCCCGACCGACUGUUACCAGAGUUACAACGAAGCAACUUGCUCGAACCAGUGCUGCAAAUCAAGAAGUUGCGGCUAGGAAACGCGCAGGACGCGUUUAAGUUGGUACCUGGUCCACCUGCGGAGGUUACUGUGGAUAAAGCUGUCAGGCAUUUGCAACAGUUAGGCGCCUUAGACGGAGAGGAACGGUUGACCCCUCUAGGCUGGCACUUAGCUCGAUUGCCAGUACACCCAGCGGCAGGCAAACUGUUGCUAUUUGGCGCACUGUUCGGCUGCGUCGAUCGCGCCGCUUCGGUAGCUGCCGUCUGGGGCUUCAAAGACCCCUUUAUUCUCGUCAUUGGCAAGCAGCAAGAAGUAGACGAUGCAAAGCGCAGUCUAGCCCUCGGCGAGCCGAGUGACCACGUCGCCAUAUCCGAGGCCAUCAUCCAAUGGGAGCGCCUCGACCGCAGAGCCAAAAGCAACUUCGCUUACGACUAUUUCCUAUCAUACAACACUUUACAACUGCUGUCGGAAAUGAAACAGCAACUGUGUGAGAACCUGAGGCAAAUGGGCUUCUUGGCUAGUGCCAAUGUUCGUGGGUCGUGGGAGAAUCGGAAUAAGGAUAACCUGUGUGUGUUCAAGGCCAUUAUGGCGGCUGCGCUGUAUCCGAAUAUUGGGACGGUUAGAUGGACACACUCUCGAAACCCGCAAAAACCACAACGAAUCAAAGUCUCAACACCGGAAGACGGGAAAAUCCAAAUACACCCGAGCAGCGUCAUGAGUUCCAAUUUCAAACCGAACCGAGGGCCUCUGUGCGACAAGCCUGGUGCCAACUGGCUGGUGUAUUGGUUAAAGCAGAAAUCUUCGGAUCUGUUCUUGUUUGAUGUAACCCUAGUGUAUACUCUGCCUUUGUUGUUCUUUGGAGAGCUAGUUGUCAGCAAUGUUGAAGACUCCCCCAACGAGUGCUACAUGUCAGUAUCAACUGUGAAAGUCCGAUGCCAGAAAGAGACAGCAGACGUGCUCUUCAAACUUCGGUCCUUGUUGGACCAGGUCCUCGCCUCCAUGGUGACAGAAAACAGUGAGAGGUCCACGAGGCACAGUCAAUUUGACGAAUUAGUUUUCAAGGCUGUGAUCGAUGUGAUGACUGCAGAAGACGAAAGAUCGGAAUACAUGGACUAUGAGUCGGACUCUGGAUCUGAUAGCGGUUACCAUAAUAGACGCUAUAACCAUUACUAAAAGACCUAAAUUGACAUGAAUUAUCAUGCGCAAAUAAAUGUAUUUUAUGACA